AUGACACUCGCCCUCGAGCUCGCCCGCGCGUCCUCUCGAACGCUCGGUGCGACAAGACGCGUCGAUGAUGCGUCGAGACGUCGACAGGCCGUGCGUCCGCAUCGUCCCGUUCGCGCCGUCGCCGCCGACGACUCGACGACGACGACGACGACGAGUCGACGUGGUUUUGUUCGCGACGCCGCGUUCCUCUCGGCGCUCGGGUUGUCGCUCGGGCCAUCGACGCUCGCGCGGGCGGAGACGGAGGGCGGACGCGAGCGCUGCGUCCUCGUCACGGGCGCGAACAGUGGAAUCGGGCUCACGGCGGCGCGGCAGAUUGCUGCUCGAGGAAAAACAGUCGUCGUUGCGUGUAGAAGCGUUGAGAAGUCCGAGCGCGCGGUGAGAGAGAUUCGGGCGGACGUCGGAGCGGACGCGCGGGUGGUCGCGCUAAACGUCCCGCUCGAGUUGACGGAUUUGGCGAGCGUGCGAGAGUACGCGUUGGCGUUGCUCAAUCGGCACGACUUAGAGCUCGAAGUGUUAGUGUGUAACGCCGGGAUCAUGGCGGCGCCGCUCGAGCGAACGAAGCAAGGACACGAGCUACACUUUGGGAUUAAUCAUUUGGGGCACUUUUUACUCGCCGACGCGCUCACGCCCGAACUUCGGAAAAACGGCGGUCGUGUCGUGAGCGUCUCGAGCCUUUUGGCGAUGAUUGGAGAUUUUGCGCUGGAUCUGGACGACUUAGAUUGGAAACGACGCGAUUACGAUCCGUGGUACGCGUACGGGGCGUCGAAGGCGCAGAAUGUCUUGUUCGCGGACGAGCUUGCUCGUCGGGAGGCCGAACACGGCGUGGUGGCGAAUAGUCUGCACCCAGGCAUCGUGACCACGAACUUGGUUCGAUACUCGGUGCCGAACAUGGUGCAAUCUAAUCGCGACUUGGAGAAGGAGCGGGCGAGCUUCCUUGGCCGGCUCGCGAGCAAGGCAGGCAUUCGCAACCCGGACGAGGGCGGACGCACGUCCACGUGGCUCGCGACGGCCGAUGAAGCUGGCGAUGUCACGGGUAAGUUCUUCAUUGACCCUGGCUUGGUUUAUCCGGGGGCGACGCGCGCGCAGCUCGUAGAGGCGGGCGAUUGGUUCUUGACGAGUGGCACUGAAUUCCUGGCACCGCAGCUUGGCUUCCCAGACAAGCUGUUCGAGUGGCGCACAGAGGAGAACGCCAAAAAACUCUGGGCCAAAUCUCAAGAGAUGGUGAGCGAAUACACGAUCUAG